AUGGUUCAUAAAGGACAUAGGAAUAUCCCAUCUGCACCACCUUCAUCCUCAUCUAUCCACACAACUUCAGUUCAACUUGCUGAAGACACUCCUUCAUGGUUUGUUCCAUUUUUCAACCAUUAUACGACAUUCAGUGGUGAUAUGAGAUCUGGUCUUGGUAUUUUGCAAGAAAAGGUUACGUCCAUAGAAACCCACUAUUCACAAAUUGAUAAAUGGGUUGAAAAGAUUGAGCAACAAUUAGCUAGCUCCUCGAAAGGAAAAUCUCCUAUGAGUAUCAGCUCUGCUACUUCUAGUGAGGAUGAAUCUAGAGAGCAAGAAGAAGGAGAAGAUGACAGUGAUCAAGAGGAAGGACAGAAUGAAUCUGAAGAACAAGAAAAAGAAGAUGAAAGUGAAAAUAUGGAAGCUUCUGACUGA